CGAGUGCCACAACCUUCGUAGAAAGUGGUGCAUUGAACAAAUGUAGGUGUACAGAGAAGCUUAAGUAUUUAUCGAAAUCUUGGGUAAAUACGGCUGUCAAUUUAAACGGCAUUGCCUUUUACCCCGGAGUGCGCAGUUUCUCCGUGUGCUGCCGACUACCCGGACCUUUACUUAGUUACUGUAAAUAAUACUGUCCAGCAAAGGAGUUUUAACGAUUUGUAAACACUUAUAGUCAAGUUACUCGUGAACAUGGAUUAAAUUUCUCCGAAAGAACUUCCUUAGUUGAAGAAAAAAUUGCUUGAUGUAAUGAUAUGGAAGCUGUAGAGAUACAUUGAGAAACAAUUUUGACAAUCUUGCUGUAGAGAUAUCAGAAUUAACAUGGCUGUAGCUCUGACCUAUCGGGAUUACCACAACAAAUCCUUCAGCAAGUUUGAGCUGAAGAUGAUGGAACUAGAGGAUCUAAAAAACGAGGCCAACAGACAUGUCGGCCGCCUCAACUCGCUCAAAAUGCGCUACAUGGACUGGUUUCUCCGAUGUCAGCAGUCCUUCCUGGACUCUAUAAAACUCAUUCACAUUCUGGGAGGGGACCUGCUACCACGGGAAAUUAACACUAUCCGAAACUUCAAAAAAGUCAUGAGAUUUUCUGGACAGUUGCCGAGCAACGGAACACCGCGUGACGGCAGUAAAGGGAAAAUGAUUGGCUUUCUCCUUUUCUGGGAAGAAAUGUUGACGCUGAAACGCGAAAAUGACGCUUUGUAUAGAAAGAUUUGUGACUUUUGUAAUAGUAUUCGCAGGUUAAGAGAACCAAUAUUAAAAGAUGAGAUAGACCGUCUGCACCAGCGCCUCAACCUGUUUCUUUCUGAAGACUAUGACUUCACGGCAAUAUCCAACGACCGACACAAUCUCUUCACUUACCGCGUUGCUCUACACGAUCACAGAUAUCACGGACUCGUCUCCUACAUCCCCUUCUUGCUCAGCAUUGCCAACAAACUGUGUUACUGGACUUCUAAACUCUACAUCGAGUUCCUGUAGUGUUGUAGUAAUAAAUAAGUAGAUAUAAACUCUCCACCCCUAGCCCAUUCAUGAUAUUUGCAGUACUUUUUAAAUCAGUACGUUUUACUUUCCCCCGAAAAUAUAAUCUAUACUCCUCUGUGAUAAAGUCAUACUGAAAAGAUUUGGAAGUCGUGUGAUUUUUGUGUAGUGUUUGCUCUAUAUUUACUUUGGGUAUAUAAACGUGUUUUCAUUUAAGGAAGCUCUAAACAUGCACUAAUAAA